UUGGGCUCUGCGGGGAUGAGGGGCGUCGCCCUGGCGGGCAGGAGGGCGGGGCGGGGAGACACCAGCCGGGCUGAAGAUGAGACGGGGCGGCACUUGCAGAGGGAGCAUCCAUCGCGCGGGCUGCCGCUACUGUUGUGUACAAUGGCUUGGCAGAAGAUGCUGUUUUCCUCCUGCCUGUUGACUGUGUGUCUCACGUGGGUCUUGGCUAAGCCUCCCCCCGACAAAAAGGACCGCGUCCACCAUAACCAAGACUUGAGCGACCACCCUCACGAUGACAACCAAGAUUUCCAGUAUGAUCACGAAGCCUUUCUGGGCAAGGAAGACGCCAAAACGUUUGACCAGUUGACUCCUGAAGAGAGCAAGCAGCGGCUUGGGUAAUUGGAACUCUGCUGUU